AUGGAGGCGGCGCGCGACCUGAUCAACGGCAUGAAGCGCCGCCACAACAUCUCCGCCGUCUUCAUCGCCGCCGACGUGCCGUUUGACGGCAAGGCAGGCAGCGUGGUGCGGUCGGACUCGUGGAACGAGACCACGUGGAAGUUCCAAGGGGCGGAGAAAGAGAGGGCGCUGCAGGCCCCGCGGGAGAAGCUGCGGUGGCUGAGGGAGCAGGUGGCGGGCACAGUGAUGGUGGACGAGCUCAUGCCCGCCGUCAACAAGUACGACCCCGGUCAGUGCACGUUGCCUGAGUGGGUGCCUUCUUGGGUGGCUGUUCAGUUGCUCCUAUUUGCCAUGCCAACCCUCGCCCUUUCUUACACGCCUCUUCUUCUAUUGCGUUCUACCACUCACUUUCAUCCCCUCAUUCUUUCAACCCUCGCACAGGCAUAG